AUGCCAGAUCAACCUACAGAGGAUGUUGAGAUCACGGUAUCAACUACAGAGCCGAUCGACGAGAAGACGUCUGUCACGGGGCUGACAAAGGAUAAGGCUCAAACGAGUGGCAACGAGCGGUUUGGUGAAACUGACCGGGACUCCGCAGAUGUCAUAAUUGUCACUGGAGCCGAUGUGGCUACUCAUCUUUUGCCUAUGCGAGAUGACUUUGAUCGUACUUUGACAUUUCGCGCUGCGAUUCUGGGCUCCGGUCUUGCCGCCUUCCUCGCUGUCAUGACCCAGAUUUACACUUUCAAACCAACCCAAGUAAACAUUUCCGGUGUUUUCCUCGUUCUGGUUUCCUACUUCAUAGGCAACGCCUGGGCCAAACUGCUUCCCCGCGGCGAUAAGUUCGAGGCAAGAUGGAGAGAAAGAGAUGUGCAGGGAAAGCUCCCUUGGUGGAUCACAGCCAUCAAGUUUAUCAAUCCUGGACCGUUCGGCCUUAAAGAGCAUUCGAUCUCUGUGGUCACUGCCACGGCAGCCGGGUAUGUCACGGAUGCGACUAGUGUGUUUGCGGCACAAAAGCUGUUCUACGAUCUUCAGUUGAGUGCCACAACAGUCAUCCUGGGAAUCAUCUCCAUCGGCCUCUUUGGCUGUGGCCUCUGUGGAUUCAUGCGGGCCUUUGCUGUCUGGGAUGUUGAGGCUGUCUACUGGAGUCAGCUGCCCGUGGUGAAAACUCUUCAGGAGCUUCACUGGGACCAAGUUGAGAACUCAAAGCCACUGAAAUACUUCUGGUAUGCUUUCACAGGCAUGUCUCUUUAUGAGAUCCUUCCUGCAUAUAUCUUUCCGUGGCUCAACUCUGUCUCCAUUCCGUGCCUGGCUUCGCAGAAAGCAACUGGCACCAAGGGUGCCAUACUCACCAACCUCUUUGGUGGUGCCACUGCUAAUGAGGGCCUUGGUCUCUUCUCUCUGUCCUUUGACUGGCAAUAUAUCACAUCGUCUUCAACCGCAAUUCCUCUCAAGUUGAUACUUCAUACCUUAGUGGGAACUGGAAUCUGCGCCAUUGUGAUGAUUGGCAUAUACUUUGGAAAUGGGUGGGGUGCGAGAUCACUGCCUUUUAUGGCGACCAACCUUCUUACGGCCAAUGGCACAAUAUACCCCGUGAGAGAGGCGUUUCCCGGUGGCUUGCUUGAAAAAUCUGUUAUCGAAAAAAAUGGGAUACCUCAGUUAACAGGGUCCUUUGCAUUUGGUUUGUUUACAGCCAAUGCUGCAAUUGGCGCUCUGAUUCUGCACUGCAUCCUUUUCUGGGGCAAGGGUAUUUGGAGAGUGUAUCAACGCGCAAGAGAAGGCAAGCAUGAUGAUCCACAUCACACCCACAUGGUCAGGCACUACAAGGAUACGCCAUGGUGGUGCUUUGCUGGCAUCCUCAUCAUCAGCUUUGUCCUAGGACUUAUCGUGGUAAUCAAAGAGAAUAUCACUCUUCCGGUCUGGGCGUACAUUGUCUCGCUGGCACUUGGAAUGUUUAUUUCACCUUUUAGUGUCAUCCUUUUCGCCCGCUUCGGCAACGGCAUUGCCACCAACAACCUGUCGAAAAUGCUGGCUGGUCUCAUGCUUCCCGGGCGCCCAAUUGGCAAUAUGUACUUCGCUGCUUGGUCGCAUAAUGUUGUCAUGUCUUCGGUCUCUGUGUCAACUGAUCUCAAGUUUGCCGAAUACCUGAAGAUACCGCCCAGGACUAUGCUCUGGACCCAAAUGUAUGGCAUUGUGCUUGGUGGAUUCAUCAACUAUGCCAUCUUGUCUUCCAUUAUCUCAUCCAAUCGAGAUCUUCUUGCCGAGGGCAAUGGAAAUUCUUCCUGGAGUGGUGCGACCAUGCAAGCUUUCAACACGAAGGCGGCCUCUUGGGCCCUAUCUCCCUACUUGUACAAACUCGGUGCCAAGUACGAGAUGAUUCCUAUUGCCCUAGCUGUUGGUGCCGCUGCGGUGAUUUUCCAUCGGAUUCUUUAUCAGUUUGUUCCCAAGAUCGGACGGCUUGAGCUUUCGGAAAUCAACCUGCCACAGUUCAUCCAGUAUGCUGGUAGUAUCUCAAAUCAGCCACAGACCUGCACUAUUCUCAGUGGGCUACUGUGUGGCUUGUUCACCCAGGCCUACCUUCGGAAUUACCACCCACGCCUUUUUAAGGAUUACUCAUACAUUAUUGCGGGAGCCUUCGACGCCGGCAGUCUCUUGGUUGUCUUCAUUCUCUCUUUCGCGGUGUACGGAGCGGGGGGACCAUCUCAUCCAUUUCCAUCGUGGUGGGGAAACAAUCAAAUGGGACACAUUGACUGGUGUCCUGUUUCGAAGUAG